CAAUUGGUUCUUAAGUCCUGUCUUCUGUGCAUCUCGGGAAUGAAAAUAGCUCCACUCCUCUGGUCUCUGGGAGCUGCUGUGGAGAGACAUUUGUGACAGCACUAUGGGACUAUAUAAGAUUCUCCUUGUGAUCUUCCUCCAGAUAUAUGGUAUUUUUGGCACCAUGACAAGUCUGGUUUAUUUCAAUGAGACGGGAGAACUGUCCUGUCACUUUCCAAACCCCCAGAAUUUAAGCUGGAAUGAACUAGUAAUGUUUUGGCAGGAUCAGGAUAAGCUGGUUCUGUUUGACCUCUACCAAGGCACUGAGCAACCGAGGUCUGUCAAUUCCAAAUAUAAGGGUCGCACAAGCUUCGACCGGGACAGCUGGAACCUGAAACUUCACAACGUUCAAAUCCAAGACAAGGGCACAUAUUCAUGUUUUAUCCAUCAUAAAAAACCUGAAGGAAUGCUCCCCCUCUUCCAGAUGAACUCAGAGCUAUCAGUGCGUGCUAACUUCAGUCAACCUGAAAUAACACCAAUUUCUAAUAGAACAGAACAUUCUGACACUGUAAAUUUGACCUGCUCAUCUACACAUGGCUACCCAGAACCAACCAGGAUGUGGUUUUUAAUAGAACCAGGGAACAUAUCUAUGUAUAACAAUGCUGUCAUGAAGAAAUCUCAAAAUAAUGUCACAAAACUAUACACCGUUUCUAUCAGCGCAUCUUUCCCCAUUGGAAAAGACCACGUGGACGUCUUCUGUGUCCUGCAGCAUGAUGAAAUGACAGCAGAGCUUCGCUCCCUCCCUUACAAAAUAGAUCCAGUUUCACUCCCACCUGACCAAGAAUUUCCCCCCUGGAUUUUGGCUGUAAUUGUAAUUUUUGCUGUUGUGCCUCUGAUGGUAUAUCUAAUACUAAAGAAAAAUAAGAAGAAGCCUGGCCCCUCUUGUGAACGUGAAACUAUUCAUGUGGAGGCAGAAGAGCAGGAACAGCUUGAAGAAAGAGUAAGAUGCCAUAUACCUGAAAGAUCUGAUGAAGCCCAAUGUGUCAUCAAUGUUCCAAAGACAACUUCUGGAGACAAAAGUGCUACAGAUACCUAAUUAAAGAUGAAAGACAUAUGACUCUAUUUUUU